AAUGAAUCUUAUGGUCACUAGCUCUGUACCUCACCUCUUUCAGGUGGCUGUUAUCGUCACCAAAACGAAUCACUGUCUCUGCUGUGACACGUGACAUCCUCAUUCCUGACUUCAUCGAGACCUGGUGGGGCCUCAAUUGAGCUGCCAUCGCCGUCCGUUGCGUCUUGAACUGAUACAUCAAACGGAACACGUUCCUUGUCAUUGAGGCAUCCCUAGGUCGCUGCUCGUCCAGCAUGUCGGGCGCCACGCCUCAACCAUCCUCUCGAAGGGGGAAAGCCGGACGUCAUCGCUCUGCUAACUUUUCAAGGGGAAAGGACGGCGCAGCCAACAAGCCCAACAGUACUGCAAGGCAAAGCGACAAGUCCAGUGAGCCUAAUGGCAAACCAGAGGGCCAGAAACCCGCCAAGUCCAAGGCUCAGAAUGAUGGCGAGAAGCUGGUAGUGAGACGCCUGCCGCCAGGCAUGACCGAGGAGGAGUUUGUGACCAUUCUUGGGCCCGAAUGGGAGGUCGACAAGGGCAAGGUCGACUGGUUCGACUUUGUGGCGGGCGGUAUCUCCAAAGAUCUGUCGAAGCCUCCGACGCCAGGUCGUGCGUACCUCCAUCUCAUGCGCAAGGAUGAUAUCAUGCCACUCAACGACGCUGUGCGCUCCAAGACCUGGGAAGAUGUUAAGAACACCUUUACCAACACUUCACUGGUCGGGCCACCGACUGUCGAGUUCUGCCUCUACAAAAAGGUCCCUGGUGCAAAGAAGCGUGUCGACUCGCGACAGGGUACCAUUGAUCAGGAUCCCGAGUUCCAGGCCUUCCUUGAAUCCCUCGCCAACCCGGUCCAGACUAAGGACGUGGAGGCAGAGUUUGAGGAAUCCGAUAAGACAGAUGCCAAGGUCACUUCGACACCGCUGGUGGAAUUUCUCAAGGAGAAGAAGGCCAAGAGCAAGGAAAAUGCCAAGAAAAACGCUAAGGGCGAAGGAAAAGGCAAAGGAGCUGCCAAGGAUGACGACCAACCUAAGAAGAAGGGCAAGGCCAACAAGGACGACAAAGCCGAAGCAUCCAAGGAGCCGGUCAAGAUUCUGACCAAGAAGGCUGCCAGUGAGCAGGCCGCGGAAGCUGCCAAGGCGGCUGCCGGCCAAAUCAACGGCGCUGGCAACAAUGAUGGACCCAAGAGUCGCCGCGCUGGCAUUGCUGCGGCCGCUCGUCUGCUCCAACGCGACCUAGGCCUGAGUCCGGGUAGUGCCCAUAGGAAGGCGCGUCAGGAGGCAGCCAAGGCUGGCGGCGACACCAAGUCCGACACCAAGACUGAGGCUGCCGACAGCAGCGCCAGCGUGGGUGCCAAGGCGACGGCUGCAAACCGGCCUGCCUCGCCUGCCCCUUCAGACGGCGGCGCCAGCAAGAGCAGCAAUGCUGCUGGAAGCAAGUCGCAGCAGAAUCGCAGAACCCGUGGGGCCAAGGGCAAGGCGACGGAACCGCAAGCCACGUUGACGCCGGCCAACCCGCCCAUGAUCCUCAAGAAAAAGCCAGACGGAGCGGCUGCUCCUGCUGAACCACAACCCGAGACACCCAGUGAGGGUUCCAAUGGGCCCGCCAAACAUCCAGCCGCAGCGACCAAGGCGAAUGGUUCCAAGGCCUCGCAGCAACGCAAAGCGGCGCCUGCGAGUGGGCAAGAGUCCACCCGGGCCUUUGUCAAGCACGCAAACCCGUCCCAGGGCGUGACAGACGCCGCCCUCAAGCAGAGUCUGGAGGCAUUUGGACCCGUGACUUUCGUCGAGAUGGACAAGCGCAAGGGAUUCGCCUACGUCGAUUUCGCCGAUCGUGAAAGUCUGGCCAAGGCCAUCGCCGGUAGCCCCGUUGCCGUGGGCCAGGGCACUGUGCAGGUGUUGGAGCGCAAGGAGAAGAAGCCCCAGAACCAGCAACAGGGUACCCCGGCGGCGGAGGGGAGUGCUCCCAAGGCCGACAAGCCCCAGGGACGUGGUCGACGAGGGCGCGGCGGCGGCGGCAACAAGAACGCUGCUAGCGAGAAGGCGGCGCCCGCCGCAGGUGACGCCUCGUCGGCUGCUGCUCCAGCAGGGAAUGGGGGAUGAGGCUGAAGGUCAAGGGUGACAACAGAGUCUACCUGAAUAGCAUCACUAGCGAAGCGCGCCUUGCAGUGUGCAGCUGUCAUAUGCUGGCACUCACCUCCGACACCAAGCCCGCACAACCGGCAACGGUGAUCUGGCCGAUCGCCAUCACCACGAGGGCGCGUCGACAGGACUCGGCGAGUGAUCAGCACGUUCCUGAAAGACGCCGACGCUACUUUGUAGCAGAGAGGUGUCAUUGUGCGUUGGAGCUUGGUCGGGAGGUAUGGGAUAGACGAGGAAA